GGGAGCUCGGGGCCGGAGUCGUGGACGUGACUGGGAGGAGUCGGCCCGCCUCAGGUUUCCGUGCUCGGCCGCGGCCAUGGCGGAGCCCACGGUGUGCUCCUUCCUCACCAAGGUGCUGUGCGCCAACGGCGGCCGCAUGUUCCUGCAGGACCUGCGCGGCAACGUGGAGCUGUCGGAGGCCCGGCUCCGGGACGUGCUGCGCCAGGCCGGGCCCGACCGCUUCCUGCUGCAGGAGGUGGAGACGAGGGAGGGCCUCUGGGACGCCGAGGCCGAGGUGGCGGCCGGCGCGGGCGGCGGCGGCGGCCCCUGCGCCUGGCGGGUGGUGGCCGUGUCCUCCGCGCGCCUCUGCGCCCGCUACCAGCGCGGCGAGUGCCAGGCCUGCGACCAGCUGCACCUCUGCCGCCGCCACAUGCUGGGCAAGUGUCCGAACCGCGACUGCUGGUCUACCUGCACCCUUUCCCAUGACAUCCACACGCCUGUCAACAUCCAAGUACUGAAAAACCAUGGGCUUUUUGGCCUCAAUGAGGCCCAGCUUCGGAUCCUGCUUUUACAGAAUGACCCGUGCCUUUUACCAGAGGUCUGUUUGCUGUACAACAAAGGUGAAGCACCGUACGGCUACUGCAACCUCAAGGAUAAAUGCAACAAGUUUCAUGUGUGCAAAUCCUUUGUCAGAGGGGAAUGCAGGCUUCAGAAAUGCAAACGGUCCCAUCAGCUCAUUCAUGCUACAGCCCUGAAGCUGCUGCAGGACCAGGGACUGAAUAUUCCAAGUGUCGUUAAUUUUCAGAUCAUCUCUACCUACAAGCACAUGAAGCUGCACAAGAUGCUCGAAAAUCAAGAUAAUGCAGCUUCUUCUGCUGAGUGUUCCCAGGGCCCCGAGAAAGCAGGAGUACACGUGGCUGGUGCUGCAGAGGUCAGUCCUGUGGCUUCCGUGCCUGCUCAGUCAGUCAAGAAGCCACAUGCAGCUAAACCGUAAAGGACGUCCGUGAAAUAAGAUGCUUGUCCAGUUGGAAGGUCCGAAAACAAAGCUUCUGUUGAGCUUUAUUUGUAAGUUCCUUCAUGUAAUCACUUAUCAGUAACGGUCAUGGUAAUACCUACCUCACAUGUUGUAAAAAUUAAAGAAGACGGAGAAGGGGAGAACAUCGGGUUGGGAGGAUAACAUUGAGGAUGGGUGGUUGGGGAUGUGGUGGGACAUUGAGCAGGCAGAGAGGGGAGAGCGUGAGUGUGGUUUGGGUCAGUCCGGGGCAAACUCUGAAGACGGCAGGUUCUGCCUGUAGUCCUGACCUCUCCCCCAGGCUGAUGGGAGCUCCGAGAGGGGCAGGUUUGGGCUGACUUGCUCUGUGACCCAGCCAGUGUUUUUCUACACGGUUUACGUCGUGGUCGUUAGAGACUAUGGACACUUUGUACUCUUGUUUUUUCUUCAUGUUUCAUAAGCAUCCUUCCCUGUUCACAUUUUAUCAGGUAUAAUCAUUUUUAUGCACAGAUACGCUAACAUAUAAUCAUUUACUUAACGACUUCCCUUAUUCUGGAUAUUUCAGUUCUUUCUAACAAAUUUUGAAUAGAACCCUUUUCUUAAAAUCCUCACAAUAUUGAAUUUUUAAAUUUCUUCUUUUGCUCAGCUUGGUGCUAAAUGAUACUGUUUUUUUGAUUUGCAUUUCUUUAAAUAUAUGCAAGUGAAUAUUUUUCUGUGUGUGUGCUUUCUGUAUGUUUGUGUGUGUGUGUGUGCAUUUUGUGCCUGCCCUCCUGGGGCCCUCCUCCGUGCUGAUGUGGGAUGGCCUUUAAUUAGGUUACUUAAUUUUCCUAAAAGGGUAUCAAUCGUACCACGCUCAUAUGAUAUCCAACUCUCAUGGAUCCAUCCUCAGCCGGUACCACAGAGUUUAUAACUGUUGAGUGCUCACCAAAGAUUUCUACCUCACUGUGUCUACUCUGCAUUUCUUAUUAAAUUUUUCGCCAAAGCCCCCAUUGCUAUAGGGUCGUUCAUCCGUUCCUCAAAGUUGUAUCCAUUCUUUCUGUGGAUCUGGAGGGACCAUCAGAAACCUAUAUACCUCGUCUGUUUUGUGUUGACUUUCCUCCCUUCUCCUGUCCGUACCACCAUCCAGUUACACUUAGAUGUUUGGUUUUUUGUUUUCAUCAGAGGGUACCACAGAGAAGCUGCGUUAUGACAUCUUUUUCCGUGUUUGCUUUUCUGAUAUCCCCAAAUGUUGAUGUCUAAAGCGUUGUUGUGUUUUUUUUAAAUUUUAACUUCCCUGCAAUAACAUAGUAUUUGAGAAAUAGGGACAAGGGAAUGAGUUUUUCAUAAAGCUGAAUUAAUUUCGUGUAGAACCAUGUUUUAUCCUGAAAUGCUGUCUUCUCUAUGGGGGGGAGGUGUGCCAAAAUAUCCUUUUCAAAGGGAGAAAUUGCUGUGUUUUCUCCUAAUGGACAGGAAGAGUCAUGCUACUUCUGUGAAUCUUUUCACUUUGGUUGUCCACAACAGUAUUUCUGAAGGCCCUUCUGUUCGGCAUACCUUGUUUCCUUUUUCCUAGUUCUGAUUUCUCCUGGUGCUAAUUAAAAAAAAAAAAAAUUAUUUUUACAUUGUAUUAUUAUUUACAUUUUAUCCCUUUCCUAUGUGUAUUUUUACUGUAGGCCAUCUUACAUUCUUAAUGGGAACAGUGUAGGGUGCACACGUAUAUCCUGGACAUUAAGAGACUUGGUAGACUUUUACAGAAUUGUGUUAUUUUCAUAUAUCUUCUAAGUAUGCUUUUAUAUGCAUCAAAAUGACCCUCUGUAAUCUUUGUUGCAAUAUUUUAUUCCAUUCUAUAAUAUUCCAUUUAAAGCUUAGCUCUGUUAGUAUCCAUUCUGUAAAGAUAUUUUAUAUACUCCUACUUGACCCUCAUUUUCAUCUCAUGAUUAGAACUGGAGGUGAGUUUUCUUUGGUCAUUUAUCAAGGCUUUCAGGGGACGCUGCACAUCUGUAGGCUCCACAAACCCAACAUACCCUCAGUGAAAUGAUGAACUUUCCUAUAGACUUGUUCCUCCUUUGGUUUCUUUAUUUUGGAGUGUCACCUCCUACUGACUUAAAACGAAACCCUGCAAAUUGCCCCAUCCUCUUUUUCCUGGUUCCUGGUGCCAAACUCAUUAUCUAGUGUUGGCCAUUAGUUUCCCUUCGGAAAUCUCAAAUUUGUAUCCUUCCCUGCCCCUUUCUUUCCAUCCCGGACACACUGCCUUCUUUCUAAUCCUCCUCACCUCUUGCGUGAAUUGCACAGAUGGGGGAUUCACUGGUUUUCCAGUCCUGUCUCGUGAGAGUAUUUUUUAUAGGAGGGUCUGGGUGGCCCCCUGCCCUCCUUCAGUGAUGGCAGGCCCGUUUUAAAUUUUUUGUAAAGUGCGCUUUUGAUGGAUUUCACUGAUCUCCUUAACCACCCUGUACCCCCCUGCCUUCCGUCCUGUGUCUGGCUGAUCUUUUGAAAUGCAGACCUAAUCACAUUGCUUUGGUCUGCUGUAACCUUCAUUGGUACCCAUAAUGCAAGGUAGGACUCAUAAACUCAGGUGCCUUCUUGGAUGAGAUAGGGGAGCUGAGUGGAUGAUGUGAGCUGGAUGUAGGAGAAACGGGAGGAAAAAGGAAGUGUCAUAGAAAGUUGUCCCAUCUGAGUGGGGCACCUGCCUUUUGUGCCCACGUAGGGAUGUGGGCCCAUUUUGUCGUGUUCUCCAGUUAGUCGAAAGAAGCCAGAUCCAGAUUUUAUGAUAAAAUUUCAGAUUUUUAAAUACUGGCUUUUUGACUGAGUUUUAAAAAUGCAGACCAAUAUUGUGUGUACUGACCUAUUUGCAAUCUUUGGAAUGUGCCAUUUUAUUUUAUGAUUCUCUGUGCUACAUGAUGUUCCCAUUAAAUGCUACGCCUUCCCUCUUCCUGCCUCAAAACCUGGCAAAAUCAGAUUCUUUAAAAUGCUAGGCUAAUCUUUUCUGACCCCAAGAAGGGCAGUUCUCUUAGUGUUCUCAAAGUUCUUGCAUAGCACUUAAUUUGCCAUGCUUUCUGCUUUUAUUCCCUAACUUUGAGCAAAAACAAAACCAUUAUUUCUUCUUUUUGGACAAGUCUCCAAAAAAGAAGAAUUUUUUGUCAUAUAACGAAUCAAACUCUGUGUUUGAAUCCAUGGAAUCAGUAUCAUAUUGGUCUUUACUGUUCUUUUUUCUCUCCAUAUAUAUUUUUCAUUUUCAAAAAGUCUUUUUCCCUUAAAGAGUGUGUUAUUUAAGGUAAACAUCUUUUUGGUGCUUCAGUUUGAAUCAUCUAGGUCUGAAAUUAACUGUUUAAGACUUAUGCUCAUGAUACUGAUCUUUCCAUCAAGGAAUUAAGUCUUUUCAUUGCUGAUGGGUUCCUUGAUUUCUUUCCUUAUAAUCUGUUCUUAUUUUUGUCUAGCCUUAUAUAUCCCUUAUUACAUUGAUUUUUUUUUUUUCUUGGCUACACACAUCUGUAUUGCUAUCCGUAUGGGAAUCUCCAUCUUUAGAAUGCUAUUGAUUUUUAAAAUAUUUGUCUUUUGUUGAAUUACCUUUGUCCUAACAGUGUUAGAAGGUCUGUUUGUUUCUUCUAAAUAUAAAAUAAUAGCUGCAAAAAGAUUUGCCUUUUCUUAUGUAUUUCUAUUUUGUUUUGUGUUAAAUAAAAUUGUGGUGAAAAGAUAUUUUUUAUAUUUCUCCAUUAAAUAGGAAGUUAAUUGUUGGUUUUAAACAAAUGUUCUCUAUUUAAUAAGGGAAAUUACAUUUAUUGUUUGUUAGAAGCUUUUAGUAAGAAUUGGUUUCUUUUGUAUAAUCAUGUAAUUUUUAUCACUUAAAUCACUUAAUAUGAUUAUAUUACUAUAUUAAAACAUUCUUAAAUUCUGAGUAACUCUACUUGAUUAUGCCAUAUGCUCUUUCAAUGUAUUGCUUUUCCCUUUUUUGGUCAUUUUUAUAAUUAUAUACAUCUAUACAUUCAUAAAUAAAAUUCAUUUA